AUGGAAUCGACGACCAUCACCCCGUCUCCGAAUGGGGACUCGGACACUUCCCCGCCCUUGUCGACGUCGCGGGGCCAUCUGCCCAUGGGAAGUCCAGCCGCCGCCGGCGCCGCCGUCGCCUCCGCGUCCCAGUUCUUCGCAUCGGCUGGGCCCAUCACCCUCGACCCCUCCAUGACACCGUCUUCGGCCCUGAACCCGCGAAGCUGUGUAACAUGUCGCAAGCGCAAGGUUCGCUGUGACAAGCACAUGCCAUGCGGCAACUGUCGCAAGGCUCUGAUACAAUGCGUCUUCCCCGCUCCUGGCAGGGCGCCCCGACGCCCGCGUCCCAAAGACCCGAAUGCCCCGCCGAAGCAGACGAGCGAACGCGAGAUCGAGUUGAUGAAGCGCCUGCGAAAGCUGGAAGGCAUAGUCGAGGACUUGAGUGGCCAGAUCGAGUUCGAGACCACGAGACAUGCUGGCAGUAGCAGCGGGGAAUCGCCCGAAACAACCAUAGACGUAGUACAAGAGAAGGAACCGAGGAAACAGAACUCGAAUAUAUACAGUGAGAACCUACCCGCCGGGUACCCGCCUGCAGGUCAGCCAAAACCUUUUCGCGCAAACAGCGCAUCGGUGAAGAGACAGGCAGGUGACGUGUACAAGGACUUUGGACGGUUGGUGUUGAACGAGAAGGGGAGAACGCGCUACGUUAGCAAUGCCUUCUGGUCCAAGAUAAAUGACGAGAUCAACGAGCUUCGAGCCGAGACGCAAAGGCUCACUGAUGACGACUCCGAUUAUUCCGACGACGGCGACACACCCGUGACAGACUGUGAUCCGGCCCCGGAGCAGCAUUUUGACCAUCAUAGCUUCAUAAUGGGGUACAGCUCGUCUGAAGUUGACCUGGCGAAGCUGCACCCAUUGCCGUCGCAGAUCGAAUUUAUCUGGCAAAUUUACAUAGAGAGCGUAGAUCCUGUUGUCAAGAUCCUGCAUGUACCUACCAUGAGCAAGGCCAUCCGGGAACUGAGGACCAACAUGAGCAGCAUCCCACCCGGCUUGGAGGCCUUGAUGUUCUCAAUAUACUACGCAGCCCUUACAUCCAUGGAAGACGAAGAGGUGAAGAUGAAUUUCAAUGCCGAGAAGGGAGACCUGAUUAGUCGAUACCGUUACGCCACAGAGCAGGCUCUUGCGAAAGCCCACUUCUUGACCACUUCGGAGCUGGUAGUCGCCCAGGCCUUUGUCCUUUUCCUCGUGCUCGUGCGGCGAUACGACGACACGCGAUUUGCUUGGACACUGACCGGUCUCGCCAUCCGCAUUGGGCAAUCGCUUGGCUUGCACCGAGAAGGGACGCACUUUGAGAACCUGAGUCCCUUCGAUAUCGAGAUGCGCCGUCGCCUGUGGUGGGCCAUCUGUAUACUGGACAUUAGAUCAGCAGAGGACCAAGGCACGGAAUUAACCAUCGCUGAAGGGACCUUCGACACGCGGCACCCGAUGAACAUUAACGAUGUGGACAUUUACCCGGAAAUGGCGGAAUUUCCCGAGGAGCGGAAAGGGGCUACCGACGUGACGUUCUGCCUUAUUCGCUACGAGAUCUGCUCGUUUGUGAGGAAGAUGCAUUCCGCGUCGGGCGCCAUGUCCGCUUGCCCCAAAGACCCUGACUCUAACCUACAGGAGCGGGAGGCCUUGCUCAUUGCGAUGUAUGAGCGUAUUGAUGACAAAUAUCUGAGGGACUGCGCCGAUAAGGAGACCGACAUUCUCAACUGGGUGGCCGCCACGAUUGCGCGACUCAUCAUGGCUAAGAUGAGUCUAAUCAUCUACCAGCCGCUGCUGAUGACUUCGGCUGCCCAGGACCUCUCUUCAGAAAUCCAAGACCGGCUAUUCAUGUCUUCCGUCGAGGUCGUCGAAUACAACAAAAUCCUCAACGGAGAGCCCAAAUGCCGACCAUGGCGCUGGCUCUUUCAGACGUAUACGCAGUGGCAUGCCGUUGCCUAUCUCCUACUCGAAGUGUGUCGGCGUCCAUGGACAGCUUCGGUCGAGCGCGGCUGGAUGGCGCUUACCGCAACGCUCCCAACACCCGGUCCGGCCGAGGCUGCCCGGCCGGCGGUAUGCGGCCGGGCAGCAUGGAUACCGCUGCGGAAGCUCAUGAUCAAGGCGAAGCGACAUCGGGACGAAGAGAUCGCGCGCCUGAGAGCCGAUCCCCAGGCGGCACAAGACCUCGACAUCAAGGAGUGCAACAAGGUACCUCCAGCCAGCUUCCAGCACAUCCCCAGCUCCGUGCGCCAUUCGCUUGCGCAGGAGCGCUGGCGGAAGCUUGUCGGUACCAAGGGACCCGAAAAGGCGGCUCAGUUCUCCUGUUUGCGAAGCAGCGAUGCGACGCAGCAGCCCGUCGGGGCCCAAGGCGAAGAGACAGUACAGGGGGAAGCAGAAGGCUCGAUGCCGGCAACCGAAAUGCAGUACGUCGACCACGUCAUGGCGCAACCGUAUUUCAGCUCGCAAGACUUCUUCUCGGUGGCCUACGCCGCCGAUCCGACGGAGCUCGCGCGGCAAGCCUUCUUCUCCAGCGGAGGCCCUGCGGAGACCUCGGGUGGCUUCAAGUCGCAACCGAGCGUACCCAUUGAAAACUUCAGCUCGAGCGGAGGCGCAGCUUACGAUUCCUCGACGACGUUGGGCGGCAAAGCACCGCGGACGCAGGCAGACACCGCAGCAGCACCCGUGGACCCUGUUGCCGACGACAACCCGCCGCCGUGGCUGUGGGCCAAUCCGUGGGGCUCUGGUUUUGAGGUUGCGGCAGACGUGACUGUUAUGGAUGACCAGGACGUGAAUAUGGAUGCCGAGGAGGACACCAACUGGCAUACCUGGAUGGACAACGGGUUUGCCAUGGGCCGGGCUGGCUUUGCGGGUGGGAUCUGA